AUGCUCAGGAUCAUAUUGAACAGGUUAAGACCCCAGACUGAAGCAAUUAUAGGUGAAGAGCAGGCAGAAUUCAGGGCAGGGCGCAGCACAACUGAGCAGAUCUUCAAGCUCAGGAUUCUGUGCGAGAAUUACCUUCAACACCAACAAGAACUCUACCACAUAUCCUUAGACUUCAAGAAGGCAUUUGACAGAGUGUGGCGUGCGGUAGUAUGGGCUACCAUGAACUACUACAACAUCAACCCUAACAUCAUCCGCAUCAUACAGAACCAGUACAAGACCAGCAGUGUAGUUUACCUCAACGGGGACAUUGAAGACUCCAAACCACAGUUAGAGUGA